AUGAGUACUCCAGUUGAAGAAGUUUCUGCUCAUCUGAAAAAAUUCAACUACGAGGAUUGGAUUUCAAAGCUGGAUGCACUGUCGAUAUGGAUGUACGAUUUUGGCGACCAGCAUUUCCCGUCAACUAUAGAACAGAAAAUCUCUGACAUCGAGCAUCAAAUUGAUUUGUGCAUCAAAGUCCUCGAAUCAGUUCCUCAAGAGAAGAGAGAAUUAAAUCGUGAACGUGCAAUGUUCGAGUAUCUAAAAGGAAGAUUUUAUAAUGCAAUUCCGGAUGUUUAUAAGGAGGAAGCAGAGCGUCAUCUACUGAAAGCUACUCAAUUAGAUCCGCUUCUGCGGGAUGCUUGGAAUUGCCUCGGCUGUUGCGUUGCCAAGAAAGGAAAUUACCAAGAAGCUAAAGAAUACUAUCAGACUGCCCUUAAAAUGGGUGAAGAAAAUGCAGUAAUAUUACGUCAACUUGCAGACCUUGAACUGACGUUUGCACGAGUUGCUGAAAAUCCAGCCAAGCAGAUUGAUGACUGCAUCAAAUAUGCCGAAAGGACACACUCUCUGGAUGACAUGGAUGGAGGUUGUUUAUAUAUCUUAGGAUGUGGACAUUUCACUUCCUUUCUUCUGACGGGAGGAUGGGAUCACAAUAAUCUUCUUCUGGCAUUAGAGGCAUACGAAAAAGCUAAGAGAAUUGAUGCAAUGAAGUCAAACCCACAUCUUGAAUACGACUGUAGCAUGGUGAAUAGAUAUCUGGAGAACUACAAGAUGUCUCUAACUGGAUUUUCAGAUGCUGCAUUAAAGAAUCCUGCUAGUGACGCUUUACAUCAAGUGAAAGUGACAAUCCAGCUUCUUGACAAACUAAAAGGAUUACUUCAGGUUAAGCGUAAUGACAAGAAAAAGGGGAAGAGUAAGCAAAAGAGUAAGGGAAAGAGUAAAGGAAAGAGCACAGAAACAAGCUUGUCUGCCCUGAUCCAGUCUCUUCCUAAUAUUGAUCUGAAUCCUCUAUACAACAGAGCAACCACAGAUCUCUUAACUGAAGGCCCUAACAAACAGAUUGCGGUAAUAGCAGCAGUACGUUGUUUAGUUAAAUAUGAGUAUAAAGCUCCAGUAUACUAUAUGCUCUGUGACUCUGAUGAGAACAGUUUUGUACUUACAGUGUUCGGCAUACAGAAGGAAGCAAUUAAACAAGGAGAUCAGGUCACAGUAUUGGAGCCCCUUUGCAAAGUUAUUGAUUUUGAAUGGGAAGGAAAGGUAAACUCGUUAUAAUAUCUGUGGUAUUUCUGAUGCAAUGCUAUUACAAAGAUG